AUGGCUGCAAACGAUGGGACCAGUACAGAAUUGUUUCCUGGGUGGUCAUCGGUUGUCCACCAACCAGCUGAAGAGCCCGAAGAAAGAGAUUUGCCAAGCACAGUGGAUAUUGCGGCAUUAAAUGUUGAGCCUAGCAGUACCCAACCAAAUAAUGAGAAUAGUGAUUCAGAUAGUGACUCUGAAGCAGAUUCUAGUAAUUCCACUGAUGCCUCACAAACAUGUAGUCAAUCAGACUCUUCAGAUUCAGAAGACACUUCUACUUCAAGUCAAGGAUCAUCUUCACGCAGUGGACACAGCAGUCCAAGUCCGGAAUUUUCAGUCACCAGUUCGCAAACAGGUCUGUGUUUAACUAUUAGAAAGCAGAGUCCUACAGGUGACAAAAGUAUGAACAAACAAAGCGAACAAUCCAAAACAACUAGCAAAUCAACUUCGUCCAGUUCAGACAGUGGCCCUUCAAGUGAUUCAGACAGUGAGUCUGAAAAGAGUGAUAAGAAUAAAAAGGUUGAAGUUAAAAAUGAGGCUAAAGUUGUAUCUCCAGUUAAAGAUAAUGUUAAAAAUGUUAGGGAAACUAGGAGGAUGCCGCUGAGGACGAGAGCCAGAGUUGCUGAAAAGAAAGAGGAGAAAGUCGUGAAGAAUGUCAAGAAGGAUGUUCCAGUGUCUAGUGGAGUCAAAACUAGUGGUGCUAAGGUCAAACCGAAACCUAAAAGAACGAAAAAGUGUCCUAACUGA